UAGGUGAAAAUUGGUGGAUCGUCUUGGGGUGUGUUGUAGCCAGAGGAAAACAAAUCCAGGAGAGCGUGUUCAGAGAGCCUGAGGAGGUCUUACGUGCCCUGAACCAGCAGCCGAGGAGAGAGGUCACAUCACCAGAUAGCCAUGGCUCGUGGACAUCAGAAGGCGCAGUCCCAGGAGCGUAACAAGGCCAAGCAGGCGGCCCUCAAGAAGAGCGGCCACAAUGCUAACUCGCAGAAGAAGGCCGCCAUGAAGGCCCUCACCUUCCAGUGCGUUAUAUGUAAGAGCAUGAUGCCUGACCCCAAGACGUACCGCCAGCACUACGAAAACAAGCACCCAAGUUCCGAGCUGCCGGAGGAACUCAAGAACAUGUGAUCCCCGACACCACCGCCAUCACCACCACCACUAACAACACUACCACAAACAUCGCCACCACUAAUAACAACAACAAUAAAGACUGCUACAACUACUA